AUGGGUGGCCUACUGCUGGCUGCUCUUCUGGCUUUGGUCUCGGUGCCCAGGGCCCAGGCCGUGUGGUUGGGAAGACUGGACCCUAAGCAGCUUCUUGGGCCCUGGUACGUGCUUGCGGUGGCCUCCCGGGAAAAGAGCUUUGCAGUGGAGAAGGACAUGAAGAACGUCGCGGGGGUGGUGGUGACCCUCACUCCAGAAAACAACCUGCGACUGCUGUCCUCUCAGCACGGGCUGGAGGGGUGCAGCCAGAGUGUCAUGGAGCUGUUGAAACGAAACUCCGGAUGGGUGUUUGAGAAUCCCUCAAUAGGCGUGCUGGAGCUCCGGGUGCUGGCCACCAACUUCAGAGACUAUGCCAUCAUCUUCACUCAGCUGGAGUUUGGGGACGAGCCCUUCAACACUGUGGAGCUGUACAGUCGGACGGAGGCAGCCAGCCAGGAGGCCAUGGGACUCUUCACCAAGUGGAGCAGGGGCCUGGGCUUCCUGUCACAGCAGCAGGCCCAGCUGCAGAAGGAUCGUGAGUGUCCACCGGAGCAGCCACAGGGGAGGCUUGGGGCAAGUUCUGGUGCCCACAGGGCAUGACGGGGUGGCACAGACCCUGGGGCUGCUUCUGGCUUCUGCCUGACUCAGUCACCCUCAGGGAGUCAGGCAGGCUAAGGGGGUCUUCACCUGCCCCUGCCCACAGUCAGGCCUGGGGGUUGGUCCCCACAGCAGACGAGUCCUGUGGGUGGAGCCCUGUGGGGCUCAGUCCUUUUCCACAGCCAGUCUUGCCUCCCCUUCUAGUCACCUGUGCUCACAAGAUCCUCCCGGUAAGCCGCCAUUCUAAGCCUCACCCUGGGCUCCCCUGGGAGUAGGGGUGGGGGAGGCCACCGUGAGCACAGUGGGCGGGAGGACCCUCUGCCCAAGCCCACGGGUUCGUGGCUCCACUGCCUCUAAGGUGACUGAGGGUGUGGAGGGCGCCUCCGUGGUGGGCUGGGUCCCCUCACACUUGUCUUGGUUUUCAGUGAGUGCUGCGUCCCCAGCAGGGACAGUGCCCGCAGGGUCCUGUGACCCGGCCAGCCAGGGUCCGCCCAUUUCGCUCACCGGCUCCCAGGGCUCAGCUCCAGCUCAGAAUAAAGCAAUUCCACAGCAAA